GCGGUUCGGAUCGAAUUGCUGGGGCAAGAGUGAUAGAUAUGGUUGUCGCGACUUCCAACACCGCAUUCUGCCUCUUUUUCUUUCGUCGGGAGGUGCUUUCCUCGAUGCAUGUGGACAUCGCGAAGCCAAUGGCUGUCAUGCUGCUGCGGCACGAUGGCACUGUCGUAUCGAGCUGUUUUGAUGACCCGCCCACAGUCUGUCAACCAUCUGGGCACUCGAUCAACUUGUACGCCUGUUCAAUGCAGGUCAAGUCGCCGUGGAAAUAGUUAUCUGAUACGAAUUGCUUUUGCUUCAAGCACCAAAGGAUCAUGACGCGGCGCACAUGCAACUCACGAGGCGAUGGUUCGCCUACGCGCGACGCGGUCAUCGCCAAGCAUCUCUCUAUCACGCCCAACCACUUCAUUUAUGAGCUUGAGAAUUGGAAGAUAUGUAUACGACAUCGCUUCAACGUGCUCAGCAGACGGAAACCGGAUACGCGUCACAUAGGCAAUGGCGAGAGGCACAGUCUACUUUACCGUGUACCUGACUCUGGCGAAUAUGGAGCGACAAGCCAUUCUCAGAACCAAGACGCGCAGCACACGAACAAAUCUGGCAGCUUCUGGAGCAGACUAACGCCACGAAGUGUGUUGAGGACAACCUUGGCUGUACUCAAGAGCAGCUACAUCAACAUACUGCUCGUCUUUGUGCCAGUGGGCAUCAUCGCAGGCGCUCUGGACUUGCCUCCUGGCGCGAUAUUCUGUCUCAACUUCCUCGCCAUCGUGCCACUUGCUGCACUUCUAUCAUUCGCCACGGAAGAGCUAUCCGAGGCCGUAGGAGCUCAUAUUGGAGGUCUACUCAAUGCGACAUUUGGCAAUGCUGUGGAGCUGAUAGUGAGCGUCAUUGCCUUGCAAAAAGAUCAGUUUCGGCUGGUACAGGCCAGCAUCCUGGGCAGCGUGCUGGUCAAUAUUCUGCUUGUCCUAGGAUGCUGCUUCAUCGCAGGCGGCAUUCGCCGCUCGGAGUCCAAGUACGAUUCAACUGUGGCCUCUAUCAUGUCAGCGCUACAGACUCUGGCUGCGGCCGUGCUUAUCGUACCCGCAAUACUAUACUGGACAAUGCAACGAUCCGCCGAUGGCGAUACAAUCGACAUUCUGGCAGUCUCUAGGGGAGCGGCCAUGAUUCUGAUCGUGCUAUAUUUCUUCUACCUUUACUUCCAGCUGUUCUCGCACAAGGAUCUCUUCCGAGAAGACGCUGGCAACGAUGACAGCGACGGCAGCGAUUUCGAAGGCGACCCACACGGUGCCGCACAGAAGGAGAGCCAUCAAGGCGGAGAGAUUCUGGGACCUACCGGGGCAUUCACCUGCAUGAUUGCUUCAAUCGUAUGCGUAGGCUUCUGCGCCGAGUUUCUGGUCAACAGUAUUGAAAGUGUUGUAGAAGAGACUGGCAUGACAACCACGUUCAUCGGCAUAGUCUUGCUGCCCAUUGUGAGCAAUGCUGCUGAGCACGUUACAGCAGUCAUUGUAUCCUACAAGAACAAGACCAAUCUCGCGAUGCUUGUCACCUUGGGCAGUGGAAUGCAAAUAGCGCUUUUCGUCACGCCGCUGCUCGUCCUGAUCUCUUGGGGCAUGGGCAAAUCGUUCGACCUGCAUUUCCAGCUGUUCGAGACUGUCGUCUUCUUCGUUAGCGUUCUAGUCGUCAACUUCUUGAUCAGAGGUGGUUCAGGCAAUUAUCUUGAGGGCGUAAUGUGUAUUGGCUGGUACAUGAUCAUUGCGCUUGCAUUCUUCUACUACCCAGAUGAUCAAUAGCAACAGAACACAUAGUGAAGGAAGCCAUUGCGGAUUGCUAUUAAGCCUCUGAGUGUUUACUAUUAAGCCUCUGAGUUCCAAGGGCCUAGGGUAGGCUCCAGCAAAUUACACAGCUUUUACUGCCUCUUGGACUCUACACUGUCUUCGGACAAGCGAGGCGAGCUUGCGAGCGAAGUGAGUACUCGGAGCUGCGAGCCUGCGAGCAAUAGCGACGACGUACGAUACCCGAGCGCGUGAGGCAUAGGCCCCUAAAAAGGAUAGCAUUAUUUCUAUUAGGCAACGAACGAGACCGAGCCGAAGGCGAGUGUCGAGAGAGGCGGCAGUGUCCCUCAAAGGUGUAGGGUAGGGCAGGUUGUUACGCCCGAUAAGAACUCAGAGGCUUAAUAGUAAACACUCAGAGGCUUAAUAGCAACUCCCGAAGCCAUUGACGCAUGCAUGCCUACUGCAUCAUAAAACCCGAAUAGUUUG